AAGAGAAGAGCACACUGAUCAAAUCUCAAAGAAGAAAUGUCCAGCGUCACUUCGGAACAUGUUGCAAUGGAGGCCACUCGUUUCCAGCACACUCCUUAUUACUGUGAAGAGAACGUGUAUCUGCUCUGCAAGACGUUGUGCGAGAAUGGUGUAGCGGAUGCAACGGGUUCUGAUCUGUUUGUUGUUUUUAUCUCGAAUGAGAAGAAGCAGGUUCCACUAUGGCAUCAGAAAGCUAGUCGCAGAGCUGAUGGGAUUGUACUGUGGGAUUAUCAUGUCAUAUGUGUCCAGAGGAAGAAAGAAAGUGAUUCUGAGCCUUUGGUGUGGGAUCUUGAUUCAACUUUGCCCUUCCCUUCACCCUUAACCUCGUAUGUGGCUGAAACUAUCCAGCCAUCUUUUCAGCUUUACGCAGAGUACCAGAGGUUCUUCCGUGUUGUGCAUGCUCCUCUGUUCUUUAAGCACUUUGCUUCUGAUAGAAGACACAUGAAAGAACCUGAUGGAAGUUGGACUGCUCAACCUCCACCCUACGAACCCAUUGUUGCCCAAGGUAAGAUGUAACUUCUCAGU